AUGCCUUUGGAUCAACUUGAAGCCUAUGAGAAAAGUAUAGUGGAUAAAGCUAAUGGCCGCACAUCUGAGGUUGAUGAUGAUGGGGCUUCCUUAGACGAGAUUCUAGGUGAGCUGGAGGACGACACUGAUUUUAUGGAAAAAUACAGAGAGCAGCGGCUACAACAGAUAGCUGAUGACAUGAGAAAAAUGAAGCAUAACGUUGAGUCUGAGCAGUAUGGCCAAGUUUUCACUAUGACAGAUGAAAGCGAACUAAUGAGGCUAACUUCGGCGACGGACCAGGUCGUGAUUCACUUCUAUCUGGAUAGCUUCCAGAAGUGCGCCACGAUGGACGCCAAGCUAAAGAAACUUGCUGAGAAGCAUAUAAUGACGCGCUUUUUCAGGAUUAGUGUGGAAAAGUGCCCUUUCCUUGUGACGAAGCUUCAAAUAAAAGUUCUCCCUUGCGUCGUUGCCUAUAAAAACGGCUUGGAAAGAGACAAGAUUGUGGGCUUCACGCGCCUUGGGAACCAAACCGACGACUUUGAAGCUGGUACUCUGGAGACGAUUCUGUUCAAUUGCGGGGUGCUGGCGAGAAAAAUACAGCCUCGUGGUAUAAGGACGGGCCGAACAGAUGAAAGUGAUUCCGACCUUGACCUGUGA